AUGGCCCGGCUGGGCGCGCUGCUCCUGGCCGCCGCCCUGGGCACCCGGCUCAGCUUCGCACUGCUGGCGGCCGCCGUGGCCAGCGGCUACUGCCACCUGGAGGUGGCAGACACGAGGCGCGCUGCGCAGCUGUCCUUGCACUUGGGGCUCUGGCGUGUAUGUGUAGGGCAAAACAGCUGCAUCCCCCUGAUCAACCCCUUUGACAGUGAGAACCUGGAUGUCCCCACCCCUGUGCAGCACCUCAUCUCCCUGCAUCGAGCUGUCAUGGUGGUCCUGCCCCUGAGCCUCGGCCUUGUCGUGUGUGGCUGGAUCUGUGGCCUCUUCAGUUCCCUGGCACAGAGCGUCCUGCUGCUGUUUUUCACCGGCUGCUACUUCUUGCUGGGGGGUGCCCUGACCCUUGUGGGGGUCAGCAUCUACAUCCACUGCUCACACCUGCCCUUCACUGAAACCGCCCGCCAGUACGGCCAGCACCUGAGGGACAUCUGGGUGAGCUUCGGCUGGGCUCUAGCCCUGGCCUCGGAGGCGCUCUGUGGCCUCUCUGUGGCCUCCUCCUGCUCACAGCAGCCCGAGCCCGCAGCCUGA